UAUUUUAAGGAAGUUUGUGGUUUGGAGGAUCAAGUCAGGUGAUAGUACAGGCUUGUGAACCUAUCAUGAAAAUAAGCAGAGUUGGAUAUGGUUUUCGUCUGACAAUUGAGGAACUGGAUUGAUAUCUUGCGAUGAAAUGAGCUUCAAGAUGACUGCUGCAAAUUUGACUGUUCUAUAAAUUAAGACAGGAAGGAGUAUGGAGAAUGAUGAACUUCCGUCAGCGGAUGGGAUGGAUCGGUGUGGGGCUGUACCUGCUGGCUAGCGCGGCUGCCUUCUACUACGUCUUUGAGAUCAACCAGACGUACAACCGGCUGACCCUGGAGCAUGUGGCGCAGGCGGCGGAGGAGCUCCACCCGGGUCCCGACGACUCCUCUUCCUGGACAGUCGCGCUGAAGGCACGGCUGCUGUCCUUCCCCUUCUGGCUGUGGGCCGCCAUCUUCCUUAUCCCCUACCUCCAGGUCUUUCUGUUCCUCUACUCCUGCACUCGCGCUGACCCCAAAACCGUGGGGUACUGCAUCAUUCCCAUCUGCUUGGCCCUCAUCUGCAACCGUCACCAGACGUUUGCCAAGGCCUCCAACCAGAUCAGCCGGCUCCAGCUCAUCGACACUUAGGUCGCGGCAGGAGCUCGUGGCUGGCUGUCGGGUUCACAGAUCCGAGGGGAUUUCCACUGUUCCUGCCAGCUUCCGUUUCAGGAUAGCCUUUUACACUCCGUAGCCACUGCUCCUGUCAGAAGUGUGCUGUUUAUUUUUCUAGAGAAUUCACGUAAAGAUGUUUCUGGGGCCUUUUUUUCUGAUAAGGAAUCAGUUUUUUUUUCUCUAAGUGUAAUGAGGGUUCAUGUGUGUACGAUAAGACAAAUUCAAGCUGAAAAUGGCAGCGCAGUUUCAAUUGUGUAUAUUGAGCUGGGAGCUCUCAAGUUCAUCUUAUUUAAAGACAGGAUAAAGUGCACCAGACCAGGUCUCAUUUUGUCCUCGAGAUGAAAAUAUUCCUUUGUCAAGACUUUCUUUAUAAUACAAUGUUAUCCAGGUUCUACAUUUGCUCAAAAGCUGAAAACAGAUACUGUAGGAGUUGGCUAUGAGACACCUAUAAAGACGUUUAAGAUCCACAUCUGAUAAAACAUACGUACAGUAUCAUGCCAGGGACCCAACCCGAUACAAGUGCCGAGAUGUUGAUGACUGGCACUGCUACAGUACAUCUUAACCAAGAAAGCUGAUAACACAUUUUUUAACUGAAUGUAUUGUAAUUACCAAUAUCUCUGCUUCCUAGUUUGUACGACUUUUGCUCUCCUCAACUAUCAUUGUCUUCGUAUCUGUUUAACCUUCUGUGAACUUGCCUGGUGAUACUGCAUAGACACCAGCGUGAUUCGCUGUGGAGUUUCACCCUCUGUGCAUUACAUUACAUGAAGAAGCCUGGCUCUGGCAGUAUUGCUCUAAUAUACAGAAACUAAAAUUGAAGAGACCUAUUUGUAUUUAACUUGGAUCAUUAGCUCUGUAUGAUUUUAACCUGAAGUUAACAGAAGACUGUCUUUUUUAAAACGGAAAAUUUCAAUUUAAACUGCAGAUACGAAACUUUUCAGGCAGUAUUCACAUAAUUACAAAUGCAUAUGCGUUGGAGUAGGUACAAAUUUAAAAACUUAAAAGUACAUUGAAGAUUUUAUCUUCAAUAGUGAAAGUAACAUUCUCUAAAGGAAAAGUAGGACUUUUCACCUCUAUUACUGUAAAAGAAGCACAACUAUGUUUUAAUAUACUUUUUAAGUUAGUGGAAUGUUAAAAUAUCUUUUGUGAAGACAUCUGUGGGUUGAGUUUGGACCGCUAUGUGAAUACAUUGAAUCACCACAACGACUGCCAUAAGUCUACAUUCUGUGGAUUCUAAGCCUCUCUGUAUUUAACUAGUAAUCAAUUUGAACCUGAUAAAAGACAUGGCAGCUUUAAUACCAUCUUUCCAUUAGCUGUGCAAAUUCUUGUAUGGACAUGUGGGAAUAAUGCACAUUCAAAUGGCUUGCUUGACAUUGACAGGUAAAUUUAUGUUGCUUUACCCUUAUAUUUGCAGUAAAACUACUGUGCAAAAAUAACUGUUUUAAGAUGGAAAGUGACACUUAUAUAUAGUGUUGUCUCCCACUUAGAGUAAAUAUACGUGAAAGAAUAGAAAUCACCCACAACGUGUGUUUGUGCUCAGUGUUUGUUUACAGAUGUGUUGCUUGAUUCACAUUUUCUUGAUUUUCUAAAUGUAUUCAUCUUGAAAUGUUAAGAAUGUAAUUCACGACCGAGGCAUGUUCAGACAGCCCCAGAUACUACAGAACUGUACUGCUGUAAGUGUUCAACAGUGCUGAAUAAUUACUUUAUGUGUACGCCAAAGAUUCUUCUAAAAUCCUGUUCUAGAUCAGAGGUGUUCAACCUGCAGUUUGGGUCUAGUAAUACUGCCUUUCAUUAUUUAUUUUCAAUUUUUUCAGAAGCUUAUUUUGUUAAGUUAAAGUUAGCUUUUAAAAAAAAUGAUCAAUUGAAAGGCAUUCUUAAACAGUCUGAAAGGGCUUGCCAAUAUUUUACAGUGAAAGCAUUUAGCUUUUGAGGUAUUUUGUUUUUUGCCUUUCAAUACUAAUUGCACUGUGAUUAAACACAAGCCUGGAAUUCUUUUUUUAUAAUAAAAAAUUUUGAAAAACUG